AUGGAUACAGACAUAAAUUCCUUAAUAUAUGGUUCUCAUAAUGAAGAGAUUCCUAAAUGCAUUUUGGAACCUUACAAUUAUUUAGAAGGUAUUCCUUCAAACAACAAUAAUAUUCGUGCAACCUUUCUAAAUGCUUUCAAUGAAUUAUACUAUCAAAUUGAAGACCGUAAACUAUUAGAUAAAAUUGGAGAAGUAAUAUCAAUUUUUCAUAACUCAUCAUUAUUGAUAGAUGACAUUGAAGAUAAUUCAAGUUUCAGAAGAGGCAUGCCAACUGCACAUACAUUAUAUGGCACACCUUCAACUAUCAAUUGUGGGAACUUAAUGUACUUCAUUGCAUUACAAAAAGCGCAGAAUGAGCUACCAGCAUAUUAUGCUAAAGUUCACAAUGGAGAUGUCGAUAUUAAAAAUCUCACUUAUGAAAUUCUGCAAGUACUAGUUGAUGAAAUGCUAAAUUUGCAUCAUGGACAAGGAUUGGACAUUCAUUGGAGAGAUAGUGGAGAUUACAUUCAGAACCAUUUACCACAGAUAGAUGAAUACUUGAAAAUGGUAAUGAAUAAAACAGGUGGAUUAUUUCGCCUUUCUGUUAAAUUAUUGAAAUUAUUUUCUCCUCUGUUCAAAUCGUCAUCUGUAAUACCAUUAGCAAACCUACUAGGUAUAAUAUACCAGGUUAGAGAUGACUAUUUAAACUUGGUUGAUCCAAAUUAUUCUCAUAUGAAGGGAUACGCUGGAGAAGAUUUAAUCGAAGGAAAGUUGUCCUUACCCAUUUUGCAUUGUUUAAGAACCAACUCAAAGAACUCCCCGAUAUACAGAAUUCUUUAUGAAAUUAAAGGUAGUGAGGAACGUAAAGCUAAUCCCCAGCUUGUUGAUGAUUGCAUCAAAUUCAUGAAAAAUAAAUCAAAGUCUUUGGAGUUUACCCGCAACUUAAUACACGAGUAUCACAGUAAAGCUAAGUUAAUGAUAAUUAAUAAUUCUACUUUAAAAAAUCCUGAGAACUCGAUGUUAUGUGAAGUAAUCGAUAAGUUGUGUGAUUUAUGA